AUGAUCAAUGAUCCUACUAGCCUCACCAGGUUCAUGAAGGUGUGUGGUGGCUAACUUGAAUAUCCACUACUCUAAUUGACUAAUCUUUUUCUUAUAGCUGCUCUACACUCAGCAAAUCUUUUUCCCAUUUCCGAUAACAACCAUCAAAUUCAGUUUUCUUGUAAUGUUCUGGCGCCUGUUCCCUACCAAGUUUAUGAAGUGGGGAACCAUUGUUCUCUCCAUAUUCUUCACCAUGUGGCUUAUAGCAGUCGUCGUCCCAACCAUUUUCCAAUGCUACCCUGUCUAUAAGAUGUGGAAUCGCAUGAUGCCUACAGGGUUUUGUAAUCCAGGCAUCGCACUGUGGAUUCAAUGGAUUGACAGUGUUCCGCAACUUCUGAGCGACAUCUUCCUCUUCUUGCUCCCGAUCGUCGAGGUCAAACGACUGCAUGCCUCCAAAGGCACCAAGGCGGGUAUCAGCGCCAUCUUUGCUUUGUCGUCCUUAAGUAUUAUCGGUAGAAUCAUGGUUUUAGUGGAGGGUGUCAAGACAACUAACAGGGGCCAAGAAGUUGAUAUCACAUGUAAGUUCACCCAUCUAUCCAUUCUGGGGACCGGACCGAGAACAAUGCUAA